GUCCUCCCGCGCUCGGGGCAUUGUGGGACAGUGGCGGAGCUCGCCGGGCGUCGGAGGCCCUGAGGCGGACUGCGGGGCCAGGGGGAAGAUCCGGCAGGCUUCAGGGAAGCCACGGUUGAGGCGGCGGGCAGCGGGGCUGCGUGUGGCUCUGCGGUCCGUGGCGGCUGCGGGGAAGGCGGCUUUUUUUUUUUUUUUCCCGUGUCCUGCUGGUGCCGGCUGGUGUGUGGAGGGGAACCCCGGGGCCACUUCCCUUGGCGUUCCUGCUCCGAGGCGCCUGCGCGGGGGGCCUCGCGGCUGCCUGGACGCGAACCCCUAGCUUGUCGCUCAGCGGUGAGGCCGGGGUGUUUCCCCACUCCGCCAACCAGAAGGGCCCGCGAGCCCCAGCCCGCCCCGGCGCCUACGCGGCCGCCCCAUCUAGCCGGCCCCGCGGCAGGGCCGGAGCCGCCGGCGGCGGGGCGGCGGGGGCGCCCCGAUGAGCCCCGAGUGCGAGGAGCCGCCGCCCCCCCGCGCAGGGCGCCAUGUUUUGGAAGUUUGACCUGCACACAAGCUCGCACCUGGACACUCUACUGGAGAAGGAAGACCUGAGCCUGCCUGAGCUGCUGGAUGAGGAAGACGUCCUUCAGGAGUGCAAGGUUGUCAACAGAAAGCUGCUGGACUUCCUGCUACAGCCACCCCACCUGCAGGCCAUGGUGGCCUGGGUCACCCAGGAGCCACCGGCCAGUGGCGAGGAGCGGCUGCGCUACAAGUACCCCAGUGUAGCCUGUGAGAUCCUGACCUCUGACGUACCCCAGAUCAAUGAUGCCCUGGGUGCUGAUGAGUCCCUCCUGAACCGGCUCUACGGCUUCCUGCAGAGUGGCGACAGCCUCAACCCACUGCUUGCCAGCUUUUUCAGCAAGGUCAUGGGCAUCCUCAUCAACCGCAAGACAGAUCAGCUUGUGUCCUUCCUGCGCAAGAAAGAUGACUUUGUGGACCUGUUGCUGCGGCACAUCGGCACUUCUGCCAUCAUGGAUCUCCUGCUGCGCCUGCUCACUUGUGUGGAGCGGCCCCAGCUUCGGCAGGAUGUCUUCAAUUGGCUCAAUGAGGAGAAGAUUGUCCAGCGGCUGAUCGAGCAGAUCCACCCAUCGAAGGAUGACAAUCAACAUUCCAACGCAUCCCAGUCCCUAUGUGACAUCAUCCGCCUGAGUCGGGAGCAGAUGAUCCAAGGCCAGGACAGCACGGAGCCAGACCAACUGUUGGCCACUUUGGAAAAGCAGGAGACCAUCGAGCAGCUCCUGAGCAACAUGUUUGAGGGGGAGCAGAGCCAGUCUGUCCUUGUCAGUGGGAUCCAGGUGCUGCUGACCCUCCUGGAGCCCAGGAGGCCAAGGUCUGAUUCUGUGACUAUGAACAACUUCUUCAGCAGCGUAGAUGGGCAGUUGGAGCUCCUGGCCCAGGGUGCCCUGGAUAAUAUGACGUCCAGCAUGGGUGCCUUGCAUGCCCUGCGUCCCCGGCUUGCCCGCUUCCAUCAGCUCCUGCUUGAGCCUCCCCAGUUGGAGCCUCUGCAGAUGACAUGGGGCAGCCUGGCCCCACCGCUGGGCAACACACGGUUGCAUGUGGUCAAGCUCCUGGCCAGUGCCCUGAGUACCAAUGCUGCUGCCUUGACACAGGAGCUCCUGGUGCUGGAUGUGCCCAACACUUUGCUGGACCUCUUCUUCCACUACGUCUUCAACAACUUCCUGCAUGCUCAAGUGGAGGUGUGUGUGAGCGCCAUGCUAAGCUCUGGACCCCCUCCAGACAGCAGCUCUGAGACGCCUGUCCCAAACCCUAUUGUGAAACAUCUGCUGCAGCACUGCAGCCUGGUGGAGCGCAUCCUGACAUCCUGGGAGGAGAAUGACCGUGUGCAGUCUGGAGGGGGCCCGAGGAAAGGCUACAUGGGCCACCUGACUCGGGUGGCCAAUGCUGUGGUACAGAAUGCAGAGCAGGGGCCCAAUGCUGAGCAGCUGGGGAAGCUGCUGAAGGAGCUGCCAGAUGAGCAGCAGCAGCGGUGGGAAGCAUUUGUGUCAGGACCCUUGGCUGAGACCAACAAGAAGAACACAGUGGAUCUGGUGAACACCCACCACCUGCACUCUUCCAGUGAUGAUGAGGAUGACCGUCUCAAGGAGUUCAGCUUUCCUGAGGAGGCUGUGUUGCAGCAAGCCUUCAUGGACUUCCAAAUGCAACGCAUGACCUCAGCCUUCAUUGACCACUUUGGCUUUAAUGAUGAGGAAUUUGGGGAGCAGGAGGAAAGUGUGAACGCUCCAUUCGACAAGACUGCCAACAUCACCUUCUCGCUCAAUGCUGAUGAUGAGAAUCCCAAUGCCAACCUGCUGGAGAUUUGCUACAAGGAUCGAAUCCAGCAAUUUGAUGACGAAGAGGAGGAGGAAGAGGAGGAGGAGGGCCAGGGCUCAGCAGAGUCAGAUGGAGAGUAUGGUGCUUGGCAAGGUAGCCAGCCAGCAAGGGCAUCCCAUGCAGGACAGCCCCCUGGUGUCCGGAGUGGAGGAAGCACAGACAGCGAGGACGAUGAGGAUGAGGACGAAGAAGAUGAUGACGAGGGGGUUGGCCAUGCAGCCUGUGGAGGGGCUAGUCCCCGCUCCUACUCCAGCCUCAGCCCUCAGCCUCCUGGCCCAAGCUGGACAGCCACCUUUGACCCAGUGCCUAUGGAUGCCCCAAAGGGUCCCCCAAUUUCCAGGGAGGCAGACAUGCCCCCCACCCAGAGCCUGACCAACCCUCCAGCCCAUGAUGCCCCACAGCUCAGGUCUCAGGACCCCACAACCCCCUCAGCACCUCAGGAAGCCACAGAUAGCAGCAAAGUAGCAGAGCCCUUGGACCCCUGCCAGGCCUUGGUUAGUGUCUCGGACCUCCAGGCCACCUUGCACGGGAUGUGUUCUGCCCCCAGCUCUUUGGACAGUGCAACCAUAGACCCCUCUACCUCUGUCCCAACCUCCGGGGCCCAGCAGCCCCCCCAGACCAUGGAGGGGGAAAAGAGCCCAGAGCCCUUGGGGCUUCUCCAAAGCCAGAGUACCCAGGCCCUCGAGAUGCCCAACGGCUCUGCCCCAGGAGGGCCUGUUUCCCCAGGCUCCCAGUAGCUGCCUGGUGGCAGUGGUGGCCAAAUUCUUUGUCCUCCCUGUGGAGCCCCCCAUUGGGGCAGGGUGGAUCCCAUGGUGGCCCCCUGCCACAUUUUCCUGUACCCUACAUUCUGUCCUCUGGUCUCCCAGGAAGGCUGGUACCAGGGAGACUCCCCCACCCAUCCCAUUUGCACUGAGAAGAGAAACUAUGGAGCUUUGUCUCCUAGAAUAAAAGACAGUCACAUAGAGAGAAAGGAGAGAGAGAAAUGUAUAUUAUAUAUUAUAUAUAUAUUGAGGGAGGAGAGAGAGAAAGGAAGCCAGGACAAUAAGUGGGCCCACAGCUCUGAAGCACAACCUCCUCGCCCCAACGGGGACUGGCGCUGGGGUUUGAGGCCACUGUCCCAUGUUCUGGUGCAGAUGCCCACCAGGCCUUUCACUCAGGAUCACCUUGGGGUGUAGCAGCGAGGGCGUUGGGGGCCUAAGUGGCCGAGCCUUCGUCCAGACCUUGUACUUCAGCCAGGCAUCUGGCCCCUGGCCCCAGAGAGCAGGGCUUCCCUGGCAACAUCGCCAGAGGCCGUGAAUCUGGUCUCUGGGUACCUGUGCUCCAAGAGUCCCAGCACUGCUGCCAAGUGGCCUUGUCCCAGCUCCUCCCCAGGCUGGCGUGCGUGUGCGUGUUUGCUGAGCUUGUUUCAUAUUGCAAAUAUAAAUAAAGGAAGACAGCUGAA